UUAGGCCCGCAGAUCCCGUCACUUGAGAUGCAAGACACCAAAGAGUAGGCUAUUUUAAACUAGUCUCGAAAAGAGCUAAUUAUAGACUUAUUGCAUUACUAUUAACUGCCCCAUGCCAUGGCCAACACUAGUCCAGUGAGCCCAGUCGAACUACCGCGUCCUUAUGAUAUAUCUGCUGCUGUUCAGCAAGCCCUUAGUUUGAAUACUGCAGGCGGAAGAUCGCUGCACAGUGACCAUGCAGAACUUGAAGAGCAGCCAGGAAGAUCACUGGAGUGCUCUUUUCAAGGAGACUCGCUUGACGAGGAAGAAAUUGAGGAGCUCCUCCCAGAACUCGGGAUGCUCGGCGAGGAUGUAUGGACGGACGUUGCUCUUCCAGAUGUGGAUACCAAAGGUUCUAUAACCCCAGACAACUCAGCCAACAUGGAGGAACUGGAAAGGUUUUGCAAAUAUAUAGACGGGGAUGAAGAGGGACCUCAGGAUCUAGUCAAAAUAAAACGAGAGAAAUCCAACAGCACUAAUCCUCCGAUAGUGACGAAUAAAUGUCUCGGGAGAGCUCUUCGAAAGACUCCAGGUCCUCAGGCCUCUUCACCAAACAGUAGCAACUACAGUGUGACACUAGAGAACGCGGGUCUCUGGCAGCAGUUCUCUCAGAUUGGGACAGAAAUGGUCAUAACAAAAAACGGGAGGCGGAUGUUCCCGGCUAUAUCAAUCCUUAUCAACAACCUCAACCCAGAAGACAUUUACUCUCUAUAUCUCGACAUUCUCCCUGCCGAUGAUCGGAGGUACAAGUUCAUGCAAACCGAUUGGGUCCCAGUAGGAAAAGUGGACAAAAAGUUUAGCUAUAGGACGUACAUGCAUCCAGAGUCGCCAAACACUGGAGUCUUUUGGUUAGAGAAACCUGUAACGUUUAAAUUUCUCAAACUGACUAACAACAAGAAUACAAUAUACAGAGACCAAGUCAUUCUCAACUCCAUGCAAAAGUAUAUUCCUACUAUACGUCUCGUUUGUGAGACUACUAGAAUGUCACACACAUACCAGUUUCCUGAGACAGCAUUCAUUGCUGUCACCGCUUACCAAAACAGCAAGAUUACGCAGUUGAAAAUUGAUAAUAAUCCUUACGCGCGAGCUUUUCGUGACUCCAUCUCUUCCGAUAAUUCCGUAAAUGAGGGCUCAAAGCGAGGCGGACAUUAUCGCCACUCAUCUAAAUCCUCUGUCUCCGUUUCAUCUCACGCCCCUGUCAUCAAGCAUGCUUCAGCAACCGUAGUGAGCACUAGUAGGGGAAGUGCUACGAGUGUGGAGUCAGGGUUUGAAAGCUCAAGUAGUACAGAGAUAUUAGGCUGGAUACCAGCUGCACUGCCUAACACGAUUCAGCCAAUGGAGACACACUAUGAUUGCAAUCCAGCCUUCAAUUACUGGUCAGAUGAGCCUUGCCUGUAUACCAAUUCACUUGUCUAUGCACCACCACAAAUGAUGGACACUUUCACUGAAGCUCCUUACAUUCAUCAGGGGCCACCAACACACAUGUAUCUUGAGUCUCCUGAUGCCACUUUGGUGAGUCCUAUGGAAACCACUGGAAUACCAGCACCCCAUCCACAGCCUUGCUUCAUUGAUCCGCACUGCUUCAGUGCUCCAUCCUCUCAUCACCCUCUCCCUCCUCACCCACCACCUCAACUGCAUCCAUCGAAACCACCUUUCUCCAUUAAUAUGAGUUUUGAAGAUGACGAUGAUGUAUUUAUUUAAAAACUCUACAAAUCAUAUAUCUAUCUAUCUAUAUAUACAUAUAUAUAUAUUAUAUAUACUUGUCUUGUUGUUCAUCAUUUUUGUGUGUUGUCAGUUUUUGUUAUUUUAUCCCCCUCUUGUGUUACGGAUCACUUACUUUCUGCAGAUUAUUAUGAACUCAAAAUUAUCAAACUUUUAACCUUAUUCAGUCUAACUCCUCUUUCAAUUCAUUAUUUUCUCCUUAAUAGUAAUAAUGAUAAACUGUUUUAAACAACAAAUUUUUAAAUGAAUUAGAA